ACGCACCUCUGUUUAGAAACUGGGAAUACUGAGGACCCUUUCCUUUCAGUCUAUUUAAUUGGUUAGAAUUUAUGCCAAUAUGAUCCUCAGGAUCUCUCUCUCUCCUUUGCCUUUUUUGGGUCUCCUAACCUUUUCUCCCAGUUCCACAUUCACAACGGAGAAACAAAAGACUAGUCCUUUUGCUUAGAGAGCUCUUGGAUUCUCUCUUUGUUCUACUCCAGAGGCGGUUCCUCCCCUUCCUCUGUCGCGGCAGCAGCCAUGGAUGACUACAGACGAAGCCAUAUUCCUGCAUUUGGUAACUGGGAUUAUGCCAAUGAUCUCCCUAUUACUCAGUACUUCGAGUCUGCUAGACAAGCUGGGCUGAUUCGUUACAGCUCUGAAGAGCGUGAUUUGUAUGUUGUAGACGAUUUCUAUGGAGAUGAUCUUAAGAAACCCGUCAAGACUGUUGUUUCUCGCCGCAAGGCAAAAGGAGGGGAAAAACGUUAUCCAACGCAUGUCAAGGAGCAGAGGAAACAAGGUAGAGUCUGUGACGUGACGGAACAGCCAAGCUCAGAACAGAAACCACAUUCAUAUCAUCCACCUAGAGCUCCUAAAGCUGUUGAUGAAGAUCUGUACAAAAUUCCCCCGGAGCUCCUUCACAACUACCCUCGUAGGAAGAAGAAAUUGGGUUUCUUCUCAUGCCUAGUGCCUGCUUGUGCUGCUUGAUAUGUUUAUAUGGUGCACACACUUGAUGUGAUAUAUGUGUGGUGUAAGGAUUUAGGAACUUGUGUUUCCACAAAAGGUUGAUGACAUAUUGUAAACCCCAUGAUUAUAUUUCAUGGAAAAGGAGAAAGAAGGAAAAAAGAUGCUUUCUUUUUGGUGUUUUUGAUCUUAUAGUAUCUGAUAGUGCUUGUAAAGCCAAGUUCUUGAACCCUUUUUGGUUCUAGCCGUGGUUCCUACUUUGAAUCUUUGUUGACAUUGAAAGAACAGAGAAUAGUGUUAAUUGGAGUUUUGGAAACGAAGAAUAGUUUUGAUCUUUA